GAAGCGCGCGAUGGGUGAGGAGAUGAGCGAGGGCCGCCCGGGGGUGGCGGCGACGCUGCGGGCGCUGAACGGGGCCCUGGGGCGGCCCGCCGCGCUCUGGGUGAAGGAGAGCGGCGCCCGCAACCUGCGCCACCGGGACUUCCUGGCGCCGCGGGCCGCGCUGAGCGCCGCUUUUCCCGGCGGGCAGGUGCCCCCCGAGGCCGUGUCGGCGGUGCCGUCGCUGCGGGGCCCGGCGGUGCUGCCGCUGCGGGUCUGCCGGCAGACGCCGGCGGGGCUGGCGGUGCAGGUGCACCGGCCCGAGGCCUUCCAGCGCCUGCUGGGGCCUCUGCCCGGCCCGCCCGGCGGGCCGCGCACGGGCUGCGUGGUGCUGCACUGCCCGGCCCUGCGCAGCAGCCCCGCUGCCCUGCGGCCCCGCCACCUCCGCUCCGUCCUGCUGGCCGACCACCUGGCCCAGCUGCUGCGCGCCCAGGGGGUCGACGUGCGCCAGGUCCCUGCCCUCAGCGAGGAGAGGAGCUGGGACGUCCUGCGGCAGCUCCGCAUCUGCUGGCCCUCUGGCCCCGGUGGCUCGGCCCUCACUGAUGCCAUCUCGGCCUUCAAGGCAGCGCUGGGCCGGUGCCCCUGUGCCACAGCCUGUGAGCAGGGGCCGGGCACAGCCGAGGGUGUCAUCUCUAAGGUGCACCUGAAGAGCUUCGUGGAGCAGCAGGGCUUGUUGGGCUACGACCCCAAUCUAGAUGUGCUUCUCGUGACAGAGAGGACACUGCAGUCCUUGGCUGAGCUGCAGGAAGCUGUUCUGCAGUGCCCAGCCAAAGGCCAGAGCAGUUGCUGCAGCAUUGUGCAUGUGGUGAACUGUGAGGAGGAAUUCCAGCAGCAGCAGCUGGAUGUGCUCUGGAGGAUUUUGGAUCCGGGAGUCCACACAGCUUUGCAGAAACACCUUGUCUGUGGGCCAGUGAAGGUGACCAGCCCCUCAUCAUCCAUUGGGGCAGACCAGUACUUCCAGCUCCGGAAGCGCCAGAUGUAUGAGGCCUCCGUGAUCAAGUAUGGGGAGCUUGCACAAGAUGAGGCCUGGACAGAGGUGAUUGAUACCCUGACAGUGGCUGCCAUCAGGUUUGAGAUGCUGAGCACUGCUCACCGGAGCCAGAUCACCCUGGACCUGGAGAACAACAGCAUCUCCACAAAGGGAACAAAGAGCGGUGCCUUUGUGAUGUACAACUGUGCCCGACUGGCCACGCUCUUCAGCACCUUCCAGCGGGCUGUGGAGCAGGGCACAUAUCCACCCUUGCCACCAGUGUCUGAACUGAACUUCUCCUGCCUCCGAGAAGAGGGUGAAUGGCUCCUGCUCUUCAACUACCUCCUGCCCUUCCCCGAAGUCCUGCAGCAGGCGGCACAGCUGCCCCCACCCUCCAAGGGGAUCCGGAUCACUGCCAACACAGAGACAGUGUGCAAGUUCCUGAUCCAGCUCAGCAUGGAUUUCAGCUCCUACUACAACCGCGUGCACAUCCUGGGGGAGCCGUUCCCUCAUCUAUUUGACCAGAUGUUUGCUCGCCUCCAGCUGCUGGGAGCAGUGAGGGAUAUGUUCCACAGUGCCCUGGCAACCCUGCACCUCCCUCCUCUCAGCCAGAUCUGAGCCACCCCUGAAGAGCUGUACCAUGGUGUGACAGUCACCUACACAGCACGUGUUGGGGGGAGAACAGGGCACAUUGUCCUGGCUGGGCAAGGGCUGCUCCAGUGGCAGGCAAGGCACAGUUCAGCCCCAUGGAGGCAUUUCCCUUCCCAUGGUCCGUGGUGUUCGGGGAUUGGUCUGUGCUCCCUGUAGCUGUGUCCAGUGUGGGACAUGGGUGCCCCUCCACAUCCACACCAGCAGAAGGGAAGAGGGUUCCCAUGGCACCCCAGAAGCUGGGCUGGGAGUACUGGGGAGGUGGCAGCAGGGACCAGUCACCACAAAGACAGACAAAUGCCAACUUCAUUUCCCUCAAAACUUUAUUGAAAGGUGCUCCGUGCUGGCAGGGAGCUCCUGAGGCUCCAGGCUCCUGUUGGGCUCUGAGCCAGGCCCAGCAUUGGGGUCCAAUACACUUGUUGCUGGACAACCCCUC